AUGUCAAGUCCCUCGGCAUCAGACAGCUCCAAAGACACCGACUACCUCGUUGGGGACGAAGAUGUCGCGUUUGUCCCAGAGGAUGGGGAGGAUGAGAAUGGGGAGGAGGAUUUCAUGGAUGAAUGCCUGCAGAAGUACCAGACAGUGCAGGAAGACAUCUUCGAGGAGUUGCGGAUGCCCCUGGAUACUGCGAGGGCCUUGAAGAAAGCAUGGGCCGAGUUCCUGGACGUCCAAGGAUUCGAGGCCGCCGCGGACGUCAUCUACUCGGCCUGCUUCGACGCAGCCCCAAGCCUGCAAGGCCUCUUCAAGACCCCGAGGUCCCUCAUGUCUCUACGCCUCAUGCAGGGCAUCACCAGCAUCAUCAACCUUUCUGACAACCCGCCGGCGAUGAAGGCGGCCUGUGAGGCGCUGGGCUCCCGGCAUUUCGACCGGGAUCCUCAGGCGGCCCGUGUGAUGAUCUUGCAGGAGGCCAUGAUGAACGCGGUGGAGGAGAUCUUUCACUUCUCCCCAAGGGUGCGGUGUGGCCUCAUAGCAGUCCUCAACUACAUCGGGGGCGCCAACUGCUACAUCACCCGGGAGUACUCGGACCGCAUCAAGCUCAUCCACAACAGCUGGAGGGUGGCCAACAACAAGAUCCUGGGCUUGGAGGAAGAUCCCUCCCAGGCCUCGGAGGCCCCCGAUGCUCGUACAGCCUCGACGCGCUCCACGGAGUCCAGCUUCAGGGACCUCAGCAAGUUCGGCAGCCCUGUCAAGGCGAGCAGAUCGGACAGCACGCUGACCAUGAGCGCAACGCCUACGGAGAUGAAGGUGCCCGCCAGCUUCAAGGAGAUGUUCUCCUUCAACUCUGCAGUGAUGGGGUGCGGGCAAAGUAAGUGGAUGCAUCUGAUCUUGGACCAGUUCGACGACAUCGUGGUCCAUGCGGCCGACUCCUACCGACUCCAGGAG